GCAGCGCGAUUCAAGCGCGUUAUUCGAAAUCUGAAUCUUGCGAAGACAGUGUGUGAAGAAUAAUAAUUGAAGUGCGAUUUAUUUAGAUUGUUUGGAGAAUUUUGAAACGUUAAAGUGUGUCAUUCAAUAAUCAAAACUAUGGAGAAAUUAAUGAAAUUAUUUUUGGUGGCCAUAAUUUUCGGAGCGGUUCAAGCGGAAGAACAAUGUCCACAAAAACGACAGGCUAACGUUGGUAACAGGCUCAUCGACCAAGAUUUUGGAUUGGAACUAACACCAGACGAUUUAAUCACAUCCAUGAUGUCUCCCUUCAUGUUCCGGGAUUACUUCCGACCUUGGCGGUAUAUGGAGGCGCUCACCAGAGAUUUAGGAUCAACUAUAAAGACUGAGAAAGACAAGUUCACUAUCAAUUUGGAUGUCCAACACUUCGCUCCAGAAGAAAUCAGUGUCAAGACCGCUGAUGGUUAUGUGACGAUAGAAGCAAAACACGAAGAAAAGAAAGAUGAACAUGGAUUGAUUUCGCGGCAGUUUGUAAGAAAAUACUCUUUGCCAGAAGGCGUAGAGCCCGAAAAUGUGGUGUCGCAACUAUCAAGUGAUGGAAUUUUAACUAUAACAGCACCUAGGAAGGAGGUUGAGGGUAAAGGCGAACGGGUAGUGCCCAUCACCCAGACAGGUCCAGUCCGCAAGGAGGCUAAGGAAUCGAAGGAAGAUAAAUCGUGUUCGGCUGAAAAAUGUAAUUAAAAAUCUAUCUGUAAUGCCAAAGAGGCCUAUCUUUCAAAGACUGAUAUGUGAUAGUUACUAAAAUAAACAUUUUUAAAUCUU